AUGGGAUGUUACGAAGAGCUACUAGCUUAUCCGGAGAUAGCAGCUGUUUAUAUCUCCGUUCCGAAUGGCCUGCACGGAGAGUGGGCAAUCAAAUCGCUCCAAGCUGGGAAACAUGUCUUGCUUGAAAAACCAUUCACGUCAAAUGGCUUGGAAGCAAGAAGAGUAUUCGAAGAAGCCGAGAGAUGUGGGAAGAUCGUUGUUGAAGCCUUCCAUUGGCAAUUUCACCCUGCGGCUCAUGUCGUCAAGAGUUUGAUCGCAAGUGGAAAAUUCGGUGAUAUUAAGAGGACCUUUGCGAGAACGACAAUCCCCAAAGGUACAAUACCGGGGAGUGAUAUACGUUGGCGAUGUUCUCUAGGUGGAGAGGUGACUUUGAUGGACGAGACCUAUGCGCUUCACGCGACUCGAUAA